AUGUGUGACGCACUUCCGGGGAACGGCCUCCCGGCCUGACGGACAUGGCGGCCCCCCUGCAGCUGUACUGCUGGAGAGGAGAUCACGGUUUACCCUCGGUGGACGCGGACUGCCUCACCGUGCUGGCCUACGCAAAGUUUGCAGGUGCUCCACUCAAAGUGCACAAAAUUACCAACCCCUGGAGAAGCCCAACAGGUAUUCUGCCUGCCCUAAAGACGAGAGAAGAGGGAAGCUUUUCCCAGCCCAGUAAAAUCAUCAUACAGCUCAGGAAACAGAAGUACAAUGCGGAUUACGACCUGUCGGCUAAGGAAUGCGCGGACACGCUGGCCUUCGUCUCGUUACUGGAGGAGAAACUGCUGCCAGCCCUGAUUUACACGCAUUGGGUCGACGCUAAAAACUAUGUGGACGUGACGCGGCGCUGGUACGCAGAGAACAUCCCCUUCCCCCUAAACUUCCUGCUGCCCAACCGCAUUCACGGCCGCCAGCUAGAGAGACUGCGGCUGGUCAGAGGAGAUCCGACGCUGGAGCCGGGAGAGCAGCUGGAGAAGGAGCUUUAUCACGAUGCACUGGAGUGUAUGACUCUCCUCUCGCAGAGACUGGGCUCUCAAAAGUUCUUCUUUGGAGAUUCGCCCUCCUCUCUGGAUGCGUAUGUGUUCGGCCACCUGGCUCCACUGUUGAAGAUCAAGCUGCCCAACGGAAAACUCCAGCAGCACCUCAACUCUUUGGACAACCUGCGGCAAUUCUGCACAAACAUCCUAGUGCUCUACUUCCCCUCAGAGAGCAGAGAGGCGCCAGCCAAAAAAGUGUCCAACCAUGCCGACGGCGGAGACUUCGACAACGAACCACACAAGAGACGGAACCAGAUCCUGUCGGUCCUUUUCGCUGUGGGAGCCAUGCUGGGUUACGCCUUCCUCAGCGGCAUCAUCACCAUCAAACACACACCAGCACGGCUGGAGGAACCACACGUUGAUGAGGAAGAGGAAGAGGAGGACUGAAGAAAGGAAAUGCUUCUCCUGGGCCAACGGGUGUACUUGCUUUGCUGCUAGCAAUGGGCAUCCGCCUGUUAUUCAAAGUGAAACUGUACAUUAUGUACUUCAUAACGUGAUUUCUACAAGCUGCUCGACCGAAGUAUCUCUGAGCUUGUUAUAGGCAAGCCCCCAUGUUGGUGCUUUUCAUUUUUCUAAUUGUUUAAUAGUUAAUUGCUAUUGUUAUAAUUAUUUUUAAAAUGAUAACUCUAUUAUUAUUAUUUAAACAUUUGCAUUGUCCCUGUUAAAAAGCUACUAGUUACUGGUAAAGACAUCGGGUACCAGACCUUUUUAACUUGUAUCCAAAGGGAAAUGUUGUCUUCCAGGUUUCACGUAGGGUGAUGGAUUUUUGAAUUGUUAUCAGGUCAUUAAAUACCACCUGACCACACA